ACCGGCGGUGUGUGCGUGUGUGAGUGCGUGCGUGUGUGAGUGUGUGUGCCCAAGUUCUGCGCGUAAUUACGCUCAACGCAUGCAUGCAUUUUUGGGUGCCUUGGAUGGCCCGUCACUUUUCUCCGCAAAGUGGACUUCAAGAGGAGGCGUAAAGUUCGGACUUGUUUCAAGCAUCAUUGCGCGUCUUGGUGGCGCACCAAGGAGGAAGAAAGAAGACGACAGGGGCAGGGGGGUGGAGGGACCUGCGCGCCGAACCGCUGGAUGCGAUGGAUUAGCAGCCCCGUUUCUAUUCACCCAGCCCGCCGCUUCAUUUGGACUUCCCAGCCCUGACAGCGACUCUCCAUCACGGGAUUAUUUGUGCCCCCUGAAGCCGAGAUGACAGAGGAGUGUGUGUUGCGGUGUGUGCUGAUGCUCUGCUGCGCGCUCCUCUCCGCCAACGCCAGCAACUGGCUGUACCUGGCCAAGCUAUCAUCGGUAGGAAGCAUCCGGGACGAAGAAACGUGCGAGAGGUUACGAGGCCUCAUCCAAAGACAGGUUCAAAUCUGUAAGCGCAGUGUGGAGGUGAUGGACGCGGUGCGCCGGGGCGCUCAGCUGGCGAUCGACGAGUGCCAGUUCCAGUUCCGCAACCGACGCUGGAACUGCUCCACCCUGGAGAGCAUGCCCGUGUUCGGCAAAGUGGUCACCCAGGGUGCGUUUGUGCAGGCGCCACGCUCUUAUCUCAUGUCGCGAGCACGACGCAUGUUACUUUUAACGCCUCUUCAACGCCGGUUGCCUGUGUGUGUGUGUGUGUGUGUCUUAGGCACCCGUGAGGCUGCCUUUGUGUACGCCAUCUCAGCAGCCAGUGUGGCAUUCGCGGUCACGCGGGCCUGCAGCAGCGGAGAGCUGGAAAAAUGCGGCUGCGACCACAAUGUGCAUGGAGUCAGUCCAGAGGGAUUCCAGUGGUCAGGCUGCAGUGACAACAUUGCUUACGGAGUGGCUUUUUCUCAGUCCUUUGUGGACGUGAGGGAGAGGAGUAAAGGCCAGUCGUCCAGUCGGGCCCUCAUGAACCUCCACAACAAUGAGGCCGGAAGGAAGGCCAUCCUGGCUCACAUGCGUGUGGAGUGUAAAUGUCACGGCGUGUCGGGUUCCUGUGAGGUGAAGACCUGCUGGAAAGCUAUGCCGCCCUUCCGCAAGGUGGGCAACAUCAUCAAGGAGAAGUUCGAUGGCGCCACCGAAGUGGAGCAGCGCAAAAUGGGUUCCGCAAAAGUCCUGGUGCCUCGAAACUCCCAGUUCAAACCUCACACUGAUGAGGAUCUGGUCUACUUGGAGCCCAGUCCGGACUUCUGCGACUACGACCCACGUACGCCGGGCAUGCUGGGCACAGUGGGGCGCCAGUGUAACAGAACGUCAAAAGCGAUCGACGGCUGCGAGCUGAUGUGCUGCGGCCGCGGGUUCCAGACACAGGAAGUGGAGGUGGUGGACAGGUGCAGCUGUAAGUUCCACUGGUGCUGUUACGUCAAAUGCAAACAGUGCCGCAAAAUGGUGGAGAUGCACACGUGCCGGUGAUGAACUGAGCCGGAGCAGAGGGCAAUGCAGAUGAACACAAUGCCUCACAGUCCUGAUCGAAACCGGAGAAAGCGCCUCGGACGCCGCCUCGGCUGGAUACCACCAAGAGACCGAGUAGCCGAGAGGUCCACGGAGGUCCAAGUCCUCAUACUGUUGUGGUCUCAAUUAGAAUGCAUCGUUCACAUCCCUUCUCCGCUCCUUUUUAGAAUGUUUAACUUAUUUGCUGAGACUGAGGAGCUUAUCUGGGAUUGACUGAGGAGACGUGGAAAUAAGGAGGGAUAAACGUUCUGAGAUUUGGGUCUAAAGGAGGGCUGUGGGCCCUCUGUCCUCGUUGCUGCUGCUGCUACUGCUGCUGCUGCUUUGGAGAUUCAAUGCCGCACUUCAAGGAAGCGUCCGUGAAGGACCAACGGCAAAGACUGAGUCAGCAGUCACACGUGGACCUUCUGUGUGCUUUCUGUGUUUAUACGCACUGAGCUGCACCGAGCUCCACUUCCAUGCAGACAUGCGUGAAAUUAUUCCAAGUGAAAUCCACUAUCAGUUACUUCCUGUUUUGAUGUCAGCUCACAGCAUGAGCACAAGUGGUGGGCAUCGGGCAGAGAACACAAUCGCGUCUCCAAAAGAUUAGUACUCAUUCACACCCAGAACUUGGACCAGUUUUCACAAAGCAGGACAGUUUGGUUCAGUUUGUAACGAAACACAGUUUUCCCAUCGUCGAAAUUGGAGGGAUUCCCAAAAUAGCGAAAUUGGAAAAUAGCGUCAACAUUAGAAACGAACAGAGAUGCUCAACUUUGGCUUGAUACCGAUAUACCGAUAUACCGAUAUACCGAUAUACCAACAUACCAACAUACCAACAUACCGACAUACCGACAUACCGAUAUACCGAUAUACCGAUAUACCGAUAUACCAACAUACCGACAUACCGACAUACCGAUAUACGAUAUACCGAUAUACCGAUAUACCGAUAUACCGAUAUACCGACAUACCGACAUACCGACAUACCGAUAUACCAACAUACCGAUAUACCGAUAUACCAAUAUACCGAUAUACCGAUAUACCGAUGAACGAUAUACCGAUAUACGAUAUACGAUAUACCGAUAUACGAUAUACCGGUAUACCGAUAUACCGAUAUACCGAUAUACCAAUAAACGAUAUACCGAUAUACCAACAUACCAACAUACCAACAUACCAACAUACCGAUAUACCAAUAUACCGAUAUACCGAUGAACGAUAUACCGAUAUACGAUAUACCGAUAUACCGAUAUACCGAUAUACCGGUAUACCGAUAUACCGAUAUACCAAUAUACCGAUAUACCGAUAUACCGAUAAACGAUAUACCAAUAUACCGAUAUACCGAUAUACCGAUAUACCGAUAUAACGAUAUACCGGUAUACCGAUAUACCGAUAUACCAAUAUACCGAUAUACCGAUAUACGAUAUACCGAUAUACCGAUAAACGAUAUACCGACAUACCGAUAUACCGAUAUACCAAUAUACCGAUAUACCGAUAUACCAAUAUCCCGAUAUACCGAUAUACCGAUAUACCAAUAUAGUCCAGCACGUCAUUACCGAUACCGAUACAUCGCAGCUUUUCCCUCAAACUAAUCUAAGGUCACAUGACUGGUAAUGAAAGAACACGUUAUAUUUCUUGUACUGUGAUUCCAGUUGAUGCAUUUCACAAAUAAACACUCUUUGUGCAAAAUAAGACCAAUACAGCAAUACCUCAUUUAUCACUGUUAAUUGGUUCCAGACCCAACUGUGAUAAGUGAAUUUCCGUGAAGUAGGAUUCCUCAUUUAUAAAUGAAAUAUUUUUGUAGUUAUUUUGUAGUUUAUGACCUUCUAAAUAUGUUUUUUUUAACAUUAUUGAAGCCCUCUAGGCAGGAAAUAACGCUCCUUUAGUCACCAUUGCACUUGUAUUACAUAAUAUAGUAAUAAAUACAUAAUAAAAUAAACAUAAGCUAUAAAGAACACAGGACUCAUAAGUUGGAAUUGAGGCCAAAAGUUAAAUUUGCAAUUUGUAAAAUAAGUUGUUGUUGUUUUACUCAUAACAGGCCGUCAUUUAUUUAUUUUGAAAAACUCGGAUGAUCACUCGCAGUGAUAUCAUCAACAGCGGAAAAACCAUCACCGAUAUGAACCAUUAUCUUAUUUUUCUCAUUCACGAUCCUUAUGUAAGACACAAAGACCCGUCUUUCUCUUUUCUGUGCUUUCUAAAGAUGGCAGGUAAUUAAUGCACGUAAUGGUAAGUUUAUAAAAGCUACAAUGCUAAUGUUAACAUGCUAACAAUGCUAACACACUAGCUGAUAGCAUGCUGGUAUAAUAGCACUUACUCUUAGUUUAUACAUAAGAAAAAUGCCGUAAAUGCUAACGUUACAAAACUAGCAAUGCUAAUAUAUUAACAGUUAGCAUGCUAACAAACACUGUCUAUGUAAGUUUAUAUUAUAUAGUUGAAAAAAAGCUAAGAUGCUUAGUCUUUAUGUUUAAGUUUAUGCCUAUAAAAAUGGCUAAAACGCAAAAGAAAAUCGAGAUUCCUAAUUUUUGCGGACUCUUUAUGUAAGUUUACACAUAAGAAUAAAGGCUUAAAUGCUAACGUUAGGAUACUAGCAAUGCUAAUAAAAGUUAGCAUGCUAACAAACAUGAAAACACUGUCUAUGUAAGUUUAUAUUAUAUAGUUGAAAAAAAAGCUAAGAUGCUUAGUCUUCAUGUUUAAGUUUAUGCCUAUAAAAAUGGCUAAAACGCAAAAGAAAAUCGAGAUUCCUAAUUUUUGCGGACUCUUUAUGUAAGUUUAUACAUAAGAAAAAAGGCUUAAAUGCUAACGUUAGGAUACUAGCAAUGCUAAUAACAGUUAGCAUGCUAACAAACAUGAAAACACUGUCUAUGUAUAUAAUUUAUAUUAUAUAGUUGAAAAAAAGCUAAGAUAUGUUUACGUUUUUGCCAAUAAAAAAAAAGCUUAAAUGCAAAAGAAAAUCGAGAUUCCCAAUUUUUGCGGAAAUCCAUUGGUAUCACGUUGCUAUAAUGUCACACUAUACACACAUACAUUACCGUUCCAAACUGAACUGAACUCGAGCGCUAUGUGAAAAUGUGUCUUUUAUAUAAACAUCCAUCAGAUCGGAUAGAUCAGCCCGGGAUAUCGACCUCCUUGCGUAUCACACAAACCCGCACAAACACAUGCAUCACGCAGACACAAUGCAAACACUCAGAUAAUGAAAACCUUCUGGGCUCUGACGGCAGGUCGCUGCGCGUGUUCACCAUGCAUGAUGACUGAAGCACUUUCUCUCCAACCGCACAUAAAGCCCUCUACCCCGCAGCAUGUGACCACGUACGUAUGGCCGACCCGUACCACCGAAAAACGCCACGCUUGCCUUAUUUGUUGUUAGGCAAGCUUGCUUGCUUGUUAGCAUUAUAAUGAUCAUAACGUAGAUCUGUAAAGACUUAUACACUGAAGACGAUUAUACUGCCUCUGAAUGUAUGUUAAUGCUGAAUAUAUGCUGUGUCAAAUAUGCCUGUUGACUGUUCUUUUCCAUACCGCAGUACAGUAUAUGUUCGAAUUCACCACCGAGCCCAAAGCACAUACAUUUAUUUCAAUUUGGAGUCAUUUUUUCCCUCUGGAAUAAAACCAAAACAUUUUUUCUGUAUUUUUUUUUUAACAUGCAACCCAUGUUUGAGUUGAGAGUCACUGAAAAAAAAAUGGUCCCCACACAUUGAGCAACAUAAUUGUACAAUAUUUGUGUACCAACACCAACAAUAUAUCUCUAAUAGUGAUUUUAAGUGCAAUCAUGCAGUGUGCCAACCACAGACAGUAGUUAAGUUUCUGCACGAUGCAAGGAAGCCACUCACUCGUCUAGUCUGUUUUGGCUUUGAGAAAGACCAGGGGGCAAGAACACUCGAAUAUACAAGGAUUACAUUAAAUGCAGACCACAUGGUACAGACUUCCUUCUGCUUCUGUUGCUAUCGAUAUUACACAGGCACACAAGCUAGAUUCUGCAUUAUCUUUCAAUUACAUUGCUUCUGUUACUGCAGUGUAACCGUUCCCAAGAUGGUUUAAAUAAGGUGGGAGGUGGCCAGGCCGAUGGGGAAAUAUCCAAGUGUGUGUGUGCGCGUGAGGAUUAGAAAGAGACUGACAGCAGGAUUUGACCACGUACUGUCAACAUACAUCAACAUGAGUGGAAGAAACCCAAUACACUACUGCAAUAAAACACGCUGACACUGUGCUGAUGUGUGCUGAUACCAAGGACAGACUUUUCAUGCCACAGAGUGAAAAAAAAAGCUUUCAGUAGAGUUUUAACAACGGCAGACAGUAUUUUGAUGAAUUAAGGUCU